AUGCUCGAAGCCGAGCUGCCGGGUGGCACUUUGGGAUAUGUUGCGGAUGUGUUCGAAUUGGCUCUAAUUUCCCUUAUGAUGGACCUACUGCUGCUGCGGUUUUGCCAGACGGCGCAGGAGGGCUUGAAGAACGGCAACUACGAAUGGCUCACACACGUCAGAGAUGUGAAUGCCACCAAGAUGGCCCGAAGAGUCAUGCACGCUCUGAGAUGGGGAAAGCAAGACGCAUCACACGGACUGCUCUUCACGAAAAAAAUCUUCUACGACCGGAAUUCCACCUUGCUUCUGUGGAGCGGGGUCCCUGCUUCAGCGCGCAAAAAAUGGUGCACAUCAUUGAAUGCGUACAUGUUGGAAUCUGGGGACAAUGACGAUAUCCAGACACCCUUCGGCAGCAUUCUGGAGAGGAUCAGGAGCGAGGACUCUGAUGAACAGCUCUUGCAAGGGUGCGAGUGGCCUGAGCAGGAGCCAAUCUGGCAAGCAGCUUCAGAUGCCGUCGUCUGGCGAAGCGGAGAUUCUUUGGUGCGCUUUCUGGUGAACAAACCCUUGAGCGGUCACGGAACUGUGCGGGAGAGCAUCUUCUUCCGUGCCGAGCUCCCCACGCUCGCUAGGUAUCCGCCCACUGAGGGCUUUCGGGUGCUCAACGAACACCCUGUCGUCAAGUGCCACCACCUCAUGCCUGUUCUUAGAAACAAAAUUGAAAGUAACGGGCUUCUGGAUGACUGGCGCAAGGUGAAGACCUUCUCGUGUGUAGACGUUUUGACCUGGCAGCAGUCACCCAUGAACCUCACAGAAUCGGAGUGCAAGCUUCUGGACAGCAGGGCGACUGAGUUUUUGAAGCCAGGGGAGCAGCUGGAGCCGGAGUGUAGCACGAGGUUCUUCACCUUGGAAGGAUAUAAGAGCUGCCGUGACAGGGGCCAUAUCGAUUUCGAUAGCUUUCAGACGGUAGCACAUAUGCUGCCACCUGAAUACAUUCCGGAUAUUACGAGCUUGAGGCUGCCCAUGCUGUCGACGAGCAUUGAGCAGCUGCCGGUUAUGCUGCCGGACAUUGUGGACAUGUUCGAUUCCUCUAUAUCACUGGAACUGUGCCUUUGGAACUCUCUUGAAACAGCGCUGGUAUCCCGACGCCAGCAAGCCGAGAAAGUUCUUAAAAAGAGCUUUCUGCCGAGAGAGUUGCAGGCCGCCUGCCGGCAAGGAGCGGGAAAAUUGCUGUCAGGGCUCCUUAAGGCUCUGGACGACUCUCAAGCAUAUGUCCGCCAAGCUGCUGCUGAAGCCUUGGGGUCCAUGGGCAAAGGGGCGGAAGAAGCUGUGCCGAAGCUCUGGGCUUUAAGCUUGAACUUCUCUGAGGAUGCUCAAGUCCAGACGCAGGCCGCCAAAGCUUUGGGGCCCAUCGGCAACGCAACCAAAGCAGUGCUGCCGAUGCUCGUGAAGUCUUUGCACGACUCUAAUCCGGAAGUCCGCAAACGUGCCGCUCAAGAAGCCGUACCGGAGCUAUUGCAGACAUCCUUGAUCUACUCUAACACCGCCGCUGAGGCAGUGGGGUCUAUCGGCAGAGAGGCAAAAGCAGCAGUGCUGCCGGAGCUCCUGAAGGCUUUAAACGACUCUCGUGCUAAUGUCCGCCAACGUGCCUCUAAAGCAUUGUGGUUCAUAGGCGAAGCGGCAAAAGAGGCCGUGCCGGAGCUCACGAAGGCACUGAACGACUCUGAUUUUGAUGUCCGCUGCUAUGCCGCCCGCACAUUGGCCUCCAUCGGCAGAGGGGCAAAAGAAGCCGUGCCGAAGCUCAUGAUGACACUGAACGACUCUGAAUUUGGGGGAGAAAUUGAUCCUUCGGUCCGUAUUGCUGCCGCUGAGGCCUUGGGGGCCAUUGGCAAAGAGGCAAAAGAAGCCGUGCCGGAGCUCGCGAAGGCAUUGGAUGACUGGCAUAUGGAGGUCCGCGCAGCUGCUUGUUCAGCAUUAAAACCCAUGGGUAAAGAGGCACAAGAAGCUGUGCCUCAGCUCCGGAAAGCUUUGUACGACGGGAGGUGGUGGGUUCAAAUGCAUGCCGCUGACGCAUUGGGGGCCAUCGGCAAAGAGGCCAAGGAAGCCGUGCUGCCGGAGCUCCGGAAAGCUUUGUGCGACUCUGGUGCUCAUGGUGGUGUCAGAGUACAUGCUGCUGCAGCAUUAAGGCACAUCGGCAAAAAGGCAAAAGAAGCCGUGCCGGAGCUCAUGAAGGCAUUGUACGACUCAGAAGCAUUGGUUCGUGAAGCUGCUGCUGAAGCAUUAGGUUCCAUGGGUAGAGAGGCAAAAGAAGCCGUGCCGGAGCUCAUGAAGGCAUUGUACGACUCAGAUUCAUUGGUUCGUCGAGCCGCUACUGAAGCAUUAGGUUCCAUGGGCAGAGAGGCAAAAGAGGCAGUGCCGGAGCUCAUGAAGGCAUUGUACGACUCUGAUUUUUGGGUACGUAGAGGUGCCGCUGACGCCUUGGGCUCCAUGGGCAAGGAGGCAACAGAAGCCGUAGCGGAGCUCAUGAAGAAACUGAAGGAUUCUGAUUCUCGGGUACGUAGAGCUGCCGCUGAGGCCUUGGGGUCCAUGGGCAAAGAGGCAGCAGAAGCCGUGCCGAAGCUAGCGAAGGCUUUGGACGACGUUGAGGCUGAGGUCCGCUAUCGUGCCGCUGACGCACUGGGAUCCAUAGGAAAAGGAGCAACUGAAGCUGUGCAAAAGCUCCGGAGAGCUGCAGGCGACAGUGAUAGGAGAGUCCGCCAGUCUGCCCUAUCAGCUUUGACAAAGCUCCAGGGUAAGGUGCUGCUAGCAUCACUCGGCUGA